AUGCAAAAAGAUAAGACGAAAGAAAAGGGACUUUACAGGAACAAGCGCAAAACAGCGCAGAAGAUCUCAGCACCAGGAUCGGCGGAUCAUCUCAAGCUGGAAGCCCUUAAUGAGAAGACCCUGCGGUUGUCCUGGUCUCCUCCUGAUGGAGACUGGGAUUUCUACCGUAUCCUGCUGUUCAAUGGCUCUUCUGUGCUGAUGAACCAGACGAUUGAAAGUAAUCUUGUGGAGUUCAGCUUCACUAACUGGACUCUGAUUCCAGGCCGUCUGUACAGAGCUGCUGUGAGUGUGGAGAGCGGAUAUCUGAGCUCAACCGCAGGCUGCCAUGGGAGACUAGCUCCCCGGUCUGUUCAGAGACUGAAUGUCCGUCACAGUACAGAGACCUCUCUGAGCGCUGUGUGGAACCAUCCUGUCGGUGAGUGGGACAAUUACACCGUCCUGCUGAAGGAUGAAGACAUGACUGUGGACACACAGACAUUAGCCCAUGAUUCACAGGAAUGCAACUUUAAUAACCUGAUGCCUGGACAUACCUAUACGAUCACUGUGAUGACCAAUAGUGGAGAUCUGAGUAGUUCGGCCCACAUCACAGGAAGAACCAUCCCUGCACAGGUCACAAAGCUGCGGGUCAGCAAUCAGGGCAGCACACAUGCUCUGCAGGUAUGCUGGGACGGGUCAGCCGGUGAGGUGGAUCUGUACCGAGUGCUCCUCAUCUACGACAGCGUGGUCAUGAAGAAUGAAAGUGUACCACCCAAUGUCACCUCCUACCACUUCCAGGGCUUGAGAUCCGGUACUUUGUACAGGACAGUGGUGACCACACUGCACAGGGGUGACCUCUCACGCCAGACGGUGGCUGAUGGACGCACAGAGUUUCUAAAUGGCAAAAAGAUCUACCAUCUGCAGUUGAUUUUGAUUAUCAAACACGAAAUGAGGAUGAGGGUAAGUUUCCCCGACAGCCAACGCUUCCCGCUCUACGGUGGCGUACCGCUGUUCUGCGGGAGUCAGGUUUCGGCUGAUGAACAUCACCGGGUGUUCAUCACCGUCAUGGCCCUGCGACAAGACAGCUCCCAACCCGGUGUUGGAUGCGUCAGUUUGCAGCAGGAAGGGGCAGUUGAAGUCAGGGGCACGGAGGACCGGUUCCGUCGUCAGGGCGGCCUUGAUUUUGAGGAAUGCUGA